UUUUCAUAAAAUUUAGUCAUCGAUAUAUUUAGUUUUAUAUUCGUUUCUGGCCAGCAAAAGCAUCUGAUUUGCAUUUAUCAUAAAUAUACUGCGUGAUAAAAUAUAAAUUUAAUAUUUUAAAUUUCAUUUAAGCAAAACUACGUCAGUAAGUGUGCAAUAUAAAAAAAUUAAGACAUCUUAGAUGGAACACCUGCUAUUCAAUUUAUACGGGAAUACCCUAAAUAUAUAUAUCGAUACUAUUAAAAUAUACCCUCUUUGGUCACACUGGGCCAGUCCAUUCUUACAUGAUUGAAAAUUGUUCACACAUUUGAUACCAAAAACGAGAAAAAUCGGGCGUGUUUUCGCUAUGGCGGUGUUUUAUAGGAUCGCUAUUCAAUCUUCCAUCUAUGGUUGUCGCUCGAUGUCUAUGUUUCCCAAACAUUUCGGCGACCCUCUUAGAAAAAAAGAUAUGGAAGAUUUGAAUAAGAGUGAACUCACUAAGUUUUACCAUAUACCGAUAAAAGCAGCUCUAAACAAUCAUUCUGAUACUGUCUUUAGCGACGAAAUCAAACUAAAAAUGAUGAAUUAUAUAACAAAAAAUGGAAAUAAAGCCUUGGCCCGAGGACUUUUGUCAAGAACAUUCGAAAUAAUCAAACGUGCACAAACUGAGCGUUUGCACUUGAGCCCAACAGAUAAACAAAAUGUUAACACUAAUGCUGAAAAGCUACUAAUAGAGGCAGUUGAAAAUAGUAGACCAUUGCUUCAGUUGACAUCUAUAAAACGUGGUGGUGUGAACUAUCAAGUCCCGGUGCCUAUAACGAAAAAAAGAUCUUAUUUUCUGGCUAUGAAAUGGCUUUUAGAUGCAGCUUUUGAAAAAGAUAAGAAAGUAUGUCUUCCAGAGAGAUUAGCUUGGGAAAUUCUGGACGCUGCCCAUGGCCAAGGUAGAGUUAUUAAAAAAAAAGAUGAUGUGCAUAAACAGUGUGAAAGUAAUCGCGCAUAUGCACAUUAUCGGUGGAGCUAGUUUAAUUAUUUAAAUUCGUUAUAAUAUACAAAUUAAAAUAAAUUUUGGUAAAUUGUA